GCAUUUAAUAAGGAAACGGGAAACUCGCUUCAUCUUCCUCUUCUCUCUUCUGGGGUUGGUCCAAUCAAAUUGAGUUUUCAGUUUUGGAUCCAGUGAACUCCUCAGCUUUCACUCAUUUUCUUCUUUUCUGUUUCUUCCCCAGGAUUUCAAGAAACCCUUUUAGAGGGAUCAUAACGGUCUAGGAGGUUCUUUCAUCUUUGUCUUAGAGAAAGUUUGCAGAAAAUGCCUCAAGAAACGAACUUUAAUUCUAUCUUUACUUCUCCUUCCAAGAACAUGAGAGGGUUAAAGGCGUUGGUAUCCAACACUGAGUCUUCACAGGCUGAGGAGAUCAUCAAUGACCUUGAAUUGGCUCAAAGAAAAGCAGAAGAAGCAGCUUCUAGGAGAUAUCAAGCAGCAGAAUGGCUAAGGCAGAUGGACCAAGGCGCAACCGAAAUCCUGCCCAAAGAACCCUCAGAGGAAGAAUUUUGCCUUGCUCUUCGCAAUGGGCUUAUUCUCUGCAAUGUCCUCAACAAAGUCAAUCCUGGAGCUGUUCUAAAGAUAGUAGAAAGUCCAAUAAUCACAGUCCAAUCAACUGAGGGAGCAGCACAAUCUGCCAUUCAGUAUUUUGAAAAUAUGAGAAACUUCCUGGUAGCCGUUAAAGAAAUGCAGCUCUUGACCUUUGAAGCAUCUGAUUUAGAAAAGGGGGGGUCAAUGAAUAAAGUUGUAGAUUGCAUUCUGUGUUUAAAAGGGUAUUAUGAAUGGAAGCAAGCAGGUGGAAUUGGAGUGUGGAGGUAUGGAGGGACUGUGAAGAUUAUGUCCUUUCCUAAAGGGUCUUCUCCCUCCUUAGUUGGAAGUGAAAGUGCUGAUGAAUCUUUUGAUGAUUCUGAAUCAUCACAAUAUGAACAACUAUUGGAAUUCCUCCAUUUCUCUGAAGAGGUUGCAAUUGAAGAAACCAAAACAGCGAAUGCCCUGGCCUUCCUAUUUGAUCGAUUUGGGCUGUUGCUUCUACAGGCUUACCUUAGAGAGAGUAAUGGGCUUCAAGAAUUGCCCUUGAAUGCCAUGGUAAUAGAUGCCUUAUUGAGUAAGGUAGUUAAGGACUUCUCAGCAUUGCUGGUUUCACAAGGGACUCAGCUUGGAUUAUUUCUCAAGAAGAUACUGAAAACUGAUAUUGGUUCUCUAUCAAAAUCUGAUUUCAUAGAAGCUAUCUCACAGUAUCUUGGUAAAAGAAUAGACCUGGCAUCAACUGAUUUCUCCAAAUUUUGUAUUUGUGGUGGGAAACGAGAGGUGAAGCGAGAGGUUUUCCAUACUGUUAUCCACUCUCCUGCUUAUGGAGAACUUAUCGAUCACCAGCAAAGACAACUUGAGGAGAUUAAAUUAGAUUUCCAAGACACAAAAUGUGAAGUCAAUCAAAUUCUUUCAAAUUGGGAGGAAGAAGUUAAAAGGCUAGAGCAUCAUAUCAAGGGUCUUGAAGUGGCAUCCUCUUCUUACCACAAGGUUUUAGAAGAAAACCGCAUACUUUACAAUCAAGUCCAAGACCUCAAAGGAACCAUUAGAGUUUAUUGUAGAGUGAGACCCUUCUUACAAGGACAACCAAAUGGACAAUCAACUGUGGAUUAUAUUGGAGAAAAUGGAAAUAUUAUGAUUGUCAAUCCUUUAAAGCAUGGAAAAGAUGCAAGAAAAGUGUUCUCGUUCAACAAAGUAUUUGGACCGACUAUCUCACAAGAGCAAGUAUAUGUGGACACUCAACCAUUAGUCAGGUCUAUUUUGGAUGGUUAUAAUGUCUGCAUUUUUGCAUAUGGACAAACUGGCUCUGGAAAGACAUACACCAUGAGUGGCCCUGAUUUAACCACUGAGCAAACCUGGGGUGUAAACUACCGUGCAUUGCGUGACCUAUUUCAAAUGUCAAAGGAGAGAGCUGAUGUUGUACAUUAUGAGGUUGGAGUGCAGAUGAUUGAAAUAUACAAUGAACAAUUAAAUGGCCUUAAUGUGCCUGAUGCAAGUUGGGUUCCGGUUUCUAGUACACAAGAUGUUCUUGAGUUGAUGAAAGUUGGGCAAAAGAAUCGUGCUGUUGGUGCUACUGCUUUGAAUGAGCGAAGUAGCCGUUCUCACAGCAUUUUGACCGUUCAUGUAUAUGGGAAGGAGUUGGUUUCGGGAUCCAUUCUAAGAGGUUGCCUCCACUUGGUGGAUUUAGCUGGAAGUGAGAGAGUUGAUAAAUCCGAGGCUGUAGGUGAAAGAUUGAAGGAAGCUCAACACAUCAAUAAAUCACUUUCUGCCCUUGGAGAUGUCAUUUCUGCUCUUGCACAGAAGAGUGCACACAUUCCUUACAGAAACAGCAAGCUCACCCAAGUAUUACAGGAUUCUUUAGGUGGCCAAGCAAAAACAUUGAUGUUUGUACAUAUAAGUCCCGAAGUCAAUGCUGUUGGAGAGACUAUUAGCACCCUGAAGUUUGCUGAGAGGGUUGCCUCCAUAGAGCUUGGUGCAGCUCGAUCUAACAAAGAAACUGGUGAAAUCCGAGAACUUAAAGAAGAGAUAUCAAAUCUUAAGCUUGCAUUGGAGAAGAAGGAAGCUGAGAUAGAGCAGUUGAAAAGUGGUAAUGCUCGGAACAUGAUAGAUACACAAAGACAAAGAGCAGUUUCCCCUUUCCGUCUUCCAAAAUAUGGGACAACUGCAAGCAGUAAACCAGAAACAUCCCAAAGACCUAAUGAUGAUGGUAGAAUCCCUGAGGUGAGAAGCUGUUCUUCAGGCAAGCAGAGGAGGUCAAGAUUUCCUUCUGCACUUGCCGACAAGGAGAUAUUUCCAAAGAUGCCUCCUCUAGCUGAGGAGAGAUUGACAAGCUUGGGAAAGCCAAGGUCACCAUCGCCUGUGAGGAGAUCUUUGUCAACAGAUAGAGGAGCCUCACUCAGAAGCAAGGUCAAGGCUGAUACAGUGGAGAACCAACCUAUCUCCAAAGUACCCUUUCCUGCUAGAAUACCUGUUAAUAAAUCUGUUUCCACAAUACCAGCAAUCCCUUCAUUGGAUAACAACUCAAAGAUUCAUUCGAGUUCACAAGAGCCAGCCAAGCAAGAUAGUAUUUUGGAUGCAUUUUACGGCCUCCAAAAAUUCAGCUCUAGGAAGGGUCAUCAAGAACAUGAAGAGGAGCAGUUCAGGCAAGCCCUUAAUAUAAAGCAAGGUGGAAUUAGGAAAAGCAAGCCUGAGAGUAAGGCUAAAGCAAAGCAACAACUACCAUCUAUGUUCCAGAGAUCUGAUAUGGGAGUGACUUUGCUUUCUAACAUGGAUGCUGGUGAAAAGAUGGAGGAGCCUCGAAAGAGUGACUUUUCUGAGCCUGAAAGUGAACAAAUCCUUGUUGGAUCAGUAGUGAAUGGUUCCUUGAGAACAAAUAAGCUUAGACAAAACUACUCAAGGAAUUCUCAAAAUCUUGAACCAAGGGGACCAGUGCAAGCAGUAGAACAACCGUUGGUUGCUAAGCUUGACAAGUAUCCAAAUGGAGUAAUUCGACAAGGAAAGGAAGGUAGCAACACAUCAAUGCCUGAAUUCAGGAGAAGUCGAUCUUCACCUCGCGGGAAGUUUUUGAUUUUGCCUUGAGGAGUUCACACCUGUACACAAAUGAGUAUCUGUACCUCUGAUGCUUUUGAGUUGUGUACAGUGACUAUUUGAGUUGACCUUUCCAGCUUGCAUUGUUAUUUCUCAUUGUGGUAUGUGAAGAGUCCACUGGAGGUGAUUUUGUGUAACCUUUUUCUUUUUUAACACCAUGGUUAAAUCCUCCAUUAUCUCAUUUAAGUGAUCCGUCAUGACUCAAUAUAUUUGCUACUUAACCUGCAUUUUAGUGUCUAUACUAUCCUUGAAGAAAUGCAACACCCUUAAAUUCACAAGAAGCUCAGUUCACACUCUACAGCUCUACUGAUCUGUUUGGAUUCUAGUGAAAGGACAUCACUUUUGCAAUGUAUCGAGCGCUUUUCUUAGUUUGUGAUUUGCAGACUACUAUGUCAUAUUAUUAUGAUGUCUGAUUAGUUGAUUAAGAUGUAAACUUUUCUGCUGCCAUUGCUUGCUUUCACA